UUUUGCACGCUUUUUCCUGUCACCGCUGAGCCAUCGUGCCUUGGGGUUUCAUACCGCAAAGGGCGGCACAUUCUUCCAACAGCAGGAUUGGGCUUUGGGAGCCCGAAUUCCAUGGGGAGGAAUCGCACGUCUCACAGGAUUACUCCACUCGCGGUUAUGGACAACGGAUGACGAAACCCGCCAUCAGGGCAAUUGCUUCCAUGUUCGUUCUCGGCAUGUCAGGAAAAGUGUCCUAACAACCUAUUCUCCAUAGGACGUUACACAACCCACAAUCAACGAGAGUGGUGUACCACAGCCUCUCGUUCCCUGAUUCGCGCUGAAUGCCGAGACUCGAGCAGGCAACCGGCGCCACAGAAGGCGCCCUUGAACGUGUUUGAGGGUGUCAAGUGGACAGACAUCCGCAGAGAGAAACCACGCUAUACAUUACAUUAUCGAGAUGGUGCAGCAUCCCGAUUCGGAACGGAGGAUCGUCGUAUGAAGGUCACUUCGGUGAGGCGUUGUUCCGUAAAGCCACGAACUUGGGCGCACGGAUCCUGAUGCAGCCCCCUGAUAGGAGAAAGUCUACGACAACGAUUAGAGUUGUCCCGUUGCUAGAUCACAUAUCCGACAUAGCUACGCAUGACGCGAGCCGAACCGGCGGCACGAAGUUGAACACUGCAGUCCAGGUUUCACCGAAGACGCCUGGCGCAGCAACGCGGCUUCGCAGCCCCGGUGUACAGAUCCCUAGCAAGGGCGUGGGAGCGUCUCGCACAACGGGACCUGAACCCUCCAAAGGGAUGAGGAAAGGGACGCUAGAAGCUGCGAAGCUGACCACUUGGUAAGACAGGGCGGCAACGCCCAGCACGUAAUGCUAGAUUAUUCAGGAUGCCCGACUUGCGACGAUGACUGUCAU